AAAAUAUUACAAAAAUCCUAAAUUUACAGAAUAAUCUUAAAUUCAAUAAAAAUCAUAAAUUACAGCACAUCCACGACAAUGUCUAAUUUAUUGAAGUUUUCUGAUUUCGGACCAGAUUCUGGAGGAAGAAUGAAGGGCGUUGUUGAAGUCAAACCAAUCGUUUAUGGAAAUGUUUCGCGAGCAUUUGGCAAGAAAAGAGAAGAAGAUGGUCACACACAUCAAUGGACUGUAUAUGUCAAACCAUAUAUUAAUGAGGAUAUGCAAACUUAUGUUAAGAAAAUACACUUUAAAUUACAUGAAAGUUAUGAAAAUCCAAAUCGUAUUAUAACUAAGCCUCCAUAUGAAGUAAGCGAAACUGGAUGGGGAGAAUUUGAAGUUGUGAUCAAGAUUUAUUUUCAUGAUCCAACGAUUUAUAAACCUGUGACAUUUUAUCACAUUCUGAAGCUUUUUCAACCACCUUCAGAUGGAUCUGCGCCAAAUAUUGAAGGCCCAUCCACAAUUCCUCCAAUAAUUGACACUAAGAAACGUCUUGUAUCAGAAUUCUAUGACGAAAUUGUCUUUUAUGAACCAUCACAGUUAAUGCAACAAAUGCUAAACACAAUUCAACCAGUUUCGUCAGGAAGUUGGACACACGAUACUGAUUUUGAAGAGAAAAAAGUAAAGACUCUUGAGCACAUUCAGGAUACUAGGAUAAAGGUCAAGUCAGAAAUUGCUCAACUUAAGGAAAGACUCCAGCAAACACGAGAAAAAAUUUCUGAAUAUAAGGAACUUAUGGGAACUGACAAGAAACAGCCAUAAAUAUUUUUAACUAUUUAUUUCCC